AUGCAGUCGAUCAUCGUACUGCUCGCCCUCCUCGCCGGUGCCGCGGCAUCAGCGAUCCCGCUCGAGCAGCAGAUUUUGGCCGAAUCCUCCUGGGAGACCGGCGCCGAUGUUUUCCCCGAUGAUGCACCACAGCUUCUUGCGGGCGCAGCAGCCCCAGGCCCCCAUGGUCGCUUCUUGCAUAUCACCGAUUUCCACCCCGACCGAUACUACAAACCGGGCACCCUGGUCGACAGAGAGCAUGGGACCUGCCACCACGGCAAGGGACCCGCGGGAUAUUUCGGCACUGAAGGCUCGGAAUGUGACGCUCCAUUGUCCCUGAUCAACGAAACAUUUCGGUGGAUCGAAGAAAACCUCAAAGACAAGAUUGACUUUGUGAUCUGGACCGGAGAUUCGGUCCGCCACGACAACGACGAGCGCAUUCCACGGACGGCGGAUGAGAUCGUCGAAAUCAACCAGCUGAUGGCCCAGAAGUGGAUCGAUUUGUUUGGGGUGCGCACCCCGGGCAAAGGCUCGACCAGCAUGCCCCAACUGUCCGUGCCCGUCGUGCCCACCUUUGGCAACAACGACGUCCUGCCCCACAAUAUCUUCCGAGAGGGUCCCAAUACAUGGACGAAGAAGUUCGCCGAAGUAUGGAGUCAUUUUAUCCCCGAGGACCAGCGCCACAGCUUUGUGGAAGGCGGGUGGUUUACCACCGAAGUCAUUCCGGGCAAGCUGGCCGUCAUCAGUCUGAACACGAUGUACUUUUUUGAGUCAAACAGCGCGGUGGACGGGUGCAAUGCCAAGUCGGAACCCGGGUACGAACACAUGGAGUGGCUGCGGGUCCAACUCCAACUCCUUCGGAGCCGGGGGAUGAAGGCGAUUCUGAUGGGCCAUGUGGCCCCCGCCCGCUCACACGAGAAGGCCAACUGGGAUGAAACCUGCUGGCAGAAAUAUACUCUGUGGAUGGACCGGUACCGCGAUGUCGUCGUCUCCGGACUCUACGGACACAUGAACCUCGACCAUUUUAUCCUGCAGGACAGCCACAAGGUCGACAUUGUCACCAUGUCAGAAAAGUCCACGAGCGGCACCGUGUCCGCCAUGUCGAAGCAGGACUACCUCCUUUCACUUCGCGAGCAAUGGUCAUCAUUACCAUCACCCCCUUCCGGUCUCUUUACGAAGCUGCACGGCUUGUCGGAUUCUCCCGAGUUUGACUCAACAAAGAGGAAACCCAAGAGCAAGAAAGAUAAGAAGAAGGAAAAGAAAGAACGCAAGUUCUUGAAAAAGAUCGGAGGACCAUUCGCGGAACGGUACAGCCUUUCGUUGGUCUCGCCCAGCUUAGUGCCAAAUUUUUUCCCUACGCUGCGGGUUGUUGAGUACAAUAUCACUGGGCUGGACGAUGUUAUCCUGCAAGCAGGUUCCGGCUACAGCGAUCAGGUGGAAUCUUCUGAUUUCCACGUUGAGAAAUCUUCCCUGCCUCUGACUGAGAAUCCCUCCGCCGGGAUUGAAAAGAAGAAGAACAAGAAGAACAAGAAGCCCACUUUUAAGAUUCCCGAUCCCCCAUCAUCGACCGCACCUCCGGGUCCUGCAUACUCCAAUCAACCAUUAACCCUGCUGAGUUACACUCAGUACUUCGCAAACCUGACUCGGAUCAACCAGGAAAUUGCAUCGAACAGUGGUCAUGACCCUCGGAUCAACUUCGAAGUCGAGUAUACUACGAGUGGAGAUGGCGUGUACCACAUGAAAGAUUUGACUGUGCGCAGCUUCUUGGAGCUUGCCAUUCGAAUCGGUGAAGCUGGAGACGCCGCAAGCGACGCGAUCGCUGACCCAGACCGCCCGGUCGCGAAGGGCAAGAGGGAGAACGAGGCCUGGCGCGCGUUCCUUUCGCGGGCAUUCACUGGGUUUGUUGAUGUGGAUGAUCUCGAUUUGGCGAUACAGUAG